UGUCCUUGUCCUUUAUGUCCAGCAGUUUUAGAUGUCUUUUCUGACGUGGUCAUUGUGAACCAUUUUCAGAAUCACUGGAGGAUUUCCAUCUGUUGUUUUGUUGAAAAACAUUGCAGUUAGUUACUUUGUCCACUAGAGAGCAGCAGGGCUUGGUCAGUUGUGUCGAGCACAUACAGUGAACAUUAAUAUAUAUUUAAUUUAAUGAACAAACUUUAAUUCAUCCUACCAGUUUUCCGUUAUUGUGAAUUCUUGGUUUUAUUAUAAACUUUGGUGUAUCCGUCAGUUUAAACAGUGGUGUAAUUAUCAUGCCAGAACAGUAGGUGGCAGCAGGAUGUUUUAGUCAGCAGGAAACAAGGAAACAGGAAGCGCUUAAGUGUUAGCAGAGAAAAACGUCGGAUUUGUAUGUUUUCUGUUGAUUUUUAGUUUUAUUUGUGUUUAUUUAUCGACACAUUAUGACUCAUACAGUUGAUUGGUCUUAUUUAAUUCCGACUUUUCUCUUUGAACUCUGCGAGAAUUGCCCAAAGGACAGUUAAUGAAUGGAACUUUGUGGCGAUCAGUUAGCUUUUGUUGUUCAGUCACAGCAGUGCAUCAUGGGAAUUUUUUUUUAAUCGACGUUCAAUGUUUAAUAUGUUAGUUUAUCGUUUGCGGGUGUGUUUGUGUAGCACAGUGUUGAAUGUGUAUCCUGAAGUGUGUGGUUAAGUCAGUAUGAGGAGUUUGAAAGGACCUUAAAGCUGCACAGUGUGUGUGUGAAAGUGGUGUGUGGGUGUGACAUGAACAACUCAUACUUACCUGGCAGGGGAGAUACCAUGAUCAUGAAGGUGGUUCACCCAAGGUAAAUGCAUGAAGGUCUACUUCCUGUUGGACGCGUUCUACUGGUGAGUGACGGGAUAAAUUCCAGGUGACUCAGCCCGCUGCUUUCAUUUUGAGUCUGUCUGUGGAGAGCACAGGUGGGGGCUGAUCGGCAGCGACUCGCCUUGCUGUGAGAAGCACCGCUAACAAGACGAGGAAGGCGCUUCGGUGACUUCGGUUUCCCUGGAAAGGCAAAGUGAAGACGGCAUGAGGACCGAAGGACACAGACCACACAAUGUGAAAUAACCUGGAGGAGAUUUUUCUGCUGAUGUUCAACAGAUGGAUCGGCGAUUCUAAUGAGGCAUUUCCAGCUCUGGAAUGUACAAAAUGUGGCCGUGUUUCUCAGUAUCACAUAUAUGUGCCACAUAGCCGGAUGCAUUUCCAUCCGUUCUGCGCAGAGGAACCUCAGCAGGUCGGUCCAGGAGGACGCGCUCUUCUCGGUGGAUGUGUCUUCUACUGGUGUCCCCACAGUACAAUGGACCUUCAUGUCGGGAGCGGAGAGCCGCUUCAUAGGGAUUUGGCAGCCUGGGGGGGACACCAAUCUGACAGCAGAUUACAGCAGCAGGGUAAAGGCCUACGAAAAUGGCUCCAUGGUUCUGUUGGACCUGCGGCUGCAGGACACUGGGUUCUAUCUACUCACCGUCACCGAGGAGGCAGGAAGCAGCAAGGAUGUGGGCUUUGUCCUGAAAGUGAACGAGGUGCUGUAUGAGGACCUGCAGUACCUGUCCAUCACCGCUUUAGCUCUGGGCGUGGUGGCGGCGCUGCUCAUGCUGGUCACAUGGCUCCUGCACAAAGCCUGCAUGAAGGUAAAGGCGUGGAGGCAGAGGAGGCGGAUGCCAGAAAAGGAUGAAACGGAGCUACAAAGGCUUGAAACUCAACCUGUGCAUCAGAGCUGAAGGAAAACAGGGAGGACCUUUGUCUGAUUUUACUUUUUGUUUUUAAUGGUUUAGAUUUUAAGUAGAGCGACGACUUCAUCCAGCCUGUUGACUGAUGCUGCUUUCUGGAAGGCCUGUAAACAUGCGACACUGACAAACACCUGAGUAUUUGUUGUAAAAAAAUGAACAAACUGAUGUUGACAUAAAAUGAUUUGCUAGUGUUCGUGUUCUGUCAAAGAUUUCCACCCUAAAACUGAUGGUUCAGACAAUCCACACGUCAGUCUCAGCAGAACUUUAUGAAGUGUUCAAAACGAGCCGUUUACAGAUCUGCACAGAAACGUUUUUUUUCUGCGAUGUUUUUAUGGACACGGAGUCAGCGCGGCCAUGAGGAGCUCCAUCUUGUAGACGAAGUUGCGUCCCUCCAUCUUGCUCCAGUGCACCUCCUUGUGUGGUCCUCUGAGGUGGCUCCACUUGGAGUCCUGGAUCACGUCGCUUUUGGGCAGCUCUUUGGACUGGCUGCGGGGGAACUGGACCAGAACCUUGCAGCCGCUCUCCGGCCCGUUGCGCACUAAACGUGACACAAAGAAACAUCUGGAUUAGUCUUUUCUUCUGAAAGGAGACAGUUAAUGUGUGAAGAAAACGUCCAGGGUUGUUCGCUACGCGGAUUUAUGUCGAUACACAGAAUUCCUGACAUUCGUCUGAAGGAUCAGACCUCCAGCCUGUGUCAACUUGUCCUCUGUUCUCUUGUUCUCUCUACUCUGGUAAGAAGUUCUUAAAGUUGACAGGAACAAAGUGGACUGUAUGGUUUGAGAUAAAGAGGAAGUUCUGAUUCUUCUGCACAUAAGUUCUUCCAGCCUUUGGAAUGAAGCUCUGUGAGCCGUUUCCCUUGAUCGUUGCUGAGAUGUUUCUAUAUCUUAGAGUUUUGGUGAGGAAUCCAAAGGCCGGCAUAAAGUCUGAUCUCUAAGGAAGCCUUCAAGGUCCAAUAGAGCAGAGCGGAGCCAUCGUCCUAAAAAUGGAAGGCGGUCAGAAUCACCACGACUGCAGAGGAGCGAUCAAGAAUUUGAUGGUUCUGAUUCUUCUGUGGAUGGAAGAACUUUCCAGACGGACAGGAAUUAGAAGAACGACAGAAGAGACGUCUUCAAAGUGCAAAGACUUUCAUUCAUUCUUGAAACUUUUACCUUUUUGCAAACUUUGACUUAUGUAAAUAAUUUUGUGGACUAAGUUAUUAAAAUAAGGUUGGAAAAUGUGGGGGAAAAAAUAAAACCCUGUGAAAAAAA